GGUGCGCACCUACGCGCAUGCGGAAAGCCUGGUUCUCCGGGACAGACGCUGACGCCUGUCGCUGGGGACGCCUUCCUCCGUGGGGGGUGGUUGUGAGCUUUGCAGUUUGCAAACUGCGGCGCUUAGAAGGGCGAGGAACAACUGUCGUGCCACGCAAAGGCCUGAGAACUUUGAGUGGGGCUUGGGGACAGGAAAACGGAAGGGCCAGAGCCAGGGGACGUGGACUCUGGAGGCUAGGGUUGGAAACAGGUUAAAAAAAGGGUUGGGGGUGGACUGGGGCACGUUGUGUAGGAGUGGGAUGGAAACCGAGCCAGAACUUGGCCCCUGAGUGAGAGCCUGGACGUGUUGACCACUUCGGUUCUUUCUCUUAGAAGAGUUUUGGAAUCCCUGUUGUUUCAAGUAGUUGUGAGGGAAAGGCAGGACGCUCUUCUGUCAGCAUAGCCCCACCGCUACGGGAAGAGUUCCGGUUCUCACCCUGCGUGGAAAGACACUUGGGGCUCUGAAGUCUGUGACUCUCCCCACCUGUAGGCAGCUACAAUGAAGCUGAAUGAGAACACCAUGCUGUUGGGCAAGAAGGUGGUCCUCGUACCCUACACCUCCGCGCAUGUGCCUAGGUACCACGAGUGGAUGAAGUCAGAGGAACUGCGGCAUCUGACAGCCUCAGAGCAGCUGACCCUACAGCAGGAGUAUGAGAUGCAGUGUAGCUGGUGUGAAGAUGAAGACAAGUGCACCUUCAUUGUACUGGAUGCAGAGAAGUGGCGGGCCCAGCCUCGACCCCCUGAGGAGAGCUGCAUGGUGGGAGACGUGAACCUCUUCCUCACAGACCUAGAAGACCCUACCUUGGGGGAGAUUGAGGUCAUGAUUGCAGAGCCCAGCUGCAGACGCCAGGGACUUGGCACCGAGGCUUCUCUCCUGAUAAUGUCCUACGGAGUGACAAAGCUAGGUCUGACCAAGUUCGAGGCCAAAAUCGGGCAAGAAAAUGAACCUAGCAUCCGGAUGUUCCAGAAGCUUCACUUUAAGCAGGUGUCUAUGAGCAACGUCUUCCAGGAGGUGACACUCAGGCUGGCCGUGAGCGAGCCGGAGCGGAAGUGGAUCUUGGAGCAGACGAGCCACGUGGAAGAGAGGCCCUACAGAGCUAAGGAGGCGGAGCCGGCGACAGCCACCCUGAGCGAGCAGAGUUGGAGCUACCCACUCCCAAGGCCGGACAGCUGCACAGGCGAUAAAAGCACAGUAUCUCCUGUCUGCUCCAGGCCCUCCUGAGCCCGCCUCGGCCCUCCCCUGGCUAGUAGCGGUCAAGAACACUCCUUCCAGCUCCGAACUAUACCCCAACCCGGACUGCACUGGCAGGGGUGGAGGUGUGAACUGGAAGCCGGAAGGGUGUGGAGAGCCAGCCCUUCGCUGGGGCCCUGGCUGAGUAAAGCACUCUUGGGCAGCU